AACUGGGCACGGACGGACCCUUUGGAAAGAAGCCACCCGGGCGUCGAGAGCACCUCUUAACACAAUGCCUCGCCUGCUUUAACACGCGCGUUCGGACUGGCUUCGGUACCGGGGUAACCUGCGCUUCCGAUCCCGCUUCUUCAUCACUGGACACGCGAGGAUGCUCUGGAAGUUAAGGAGCAGCAAAGGUCAGAAAGACAGAUCGAUGCCCAUCAUCAAAUAGACAGCCGGCGGUCCGAGCGAACAAAAACACCUUUUUGCAUGAACCCCUGCAAGAACUGGUCGUCAGCUCGGUCUCCUCCUGAGGAUUCAGGAUGAGGAAACCUAAAAACAUUCGAAUGCUUUUUGCUCUGAGUCUAGGAUGCUUCGUGAUGGUCAUUUUCUAUUUCAACAGCAAUGUAAAACCAGCCUCGGAGCAACUUGGGGAUAGGAGCAACGGGCAGAAAGCCAGGAGGAGUCCUCUGCAGACACUUUACGACGGUGACCAGGUGGAGUCAGCAGUGCAGGCAAUCCAUCAGGACCGGCGGGAGUUUUUAGAAGAGGCCUGUCGCUCCUACACCCGAAAGCGUAGAGUCCUAAUCCCGGAAGACCUGAAGCACGUGAUUGUAGAUGACCAGCAUGGUUUGCUGUACUGCUAUGUCCCCAAAGUGGCCUGCACCAACUGGAAACGGGUACUCAUGGUCCUGACCGGCGCCGCCGGAUCCCGCCAUGACCCACUGGGCAUACCGGCGAACGAGGCCCACGUCUCCGGAAACCUGCGCACCUUGUCCGAGUAUUCAGCUUCCCAGAUCAACCAACGCUUGCGCUCCUACUUGAAGUUCGUGUUUGUGCGCGAGCCGUUCGAACGGCUGGUGUCCGCCUACCGAAACAAAUUCACACGAAGCUACAACACGGCUUUCCACAAACGAUACGGCACCAAGAUAGUGCGCCGGCACAGGCCCAACCCGCAGCCAGAAUCUUUGGAGAAAGGCAACGAUGUCUCCUUCGAGGAGUUCGUCUAUUACCUGGUAAACCCGGCCACCCAGAUCGAGGAACCCUUCAACGAGCACUGGGAGCGGGUGCACUCGCUGUGCCACCCUUGCCUCAUCCACUACGACGUGGUGGGUAAAUACGAGACGCUGGAGCAGGACUCCAGCUACGUGCUACGGCUGGCCGGCGUGGCGGACCAGCUCAGCUUUCCUGCCUCGUCCAAAAGCGCCAGGACCACGGGGGACAUGGCUGCAAAGCUCUUCCUAAACAUCAGCCCCUUCUAUCAGAAGAAGCUAUACAACCUCUUUCGCAUGGACUUCCUGUUAUUCAACUACUCUGUGCCAGCAUACCUUAAGUUUUGACCAGGCCGAGGUGUCGCGUUGUACAUCCGUAAACGGUGGAUGACGACAAUAAACCCGACGUACGCGCAUGCAUUUGUUUGACUGGGUGAACCACCACAUUCGAGACGCACAAGGUGAAAACAGGUAUGAUUUCAUAUUUUACUGUUUAUGGUGCUCAAGGGAGUACUAGUGCUGGUGGAGUUUGAGGGGGGGUGGGGAGCCCCCCUCAAAUAUGCGAUGGCCCACCCAAGUGCCAGGCCAGACUUUUGGGUGUUUUCCAAUUUGUGUCAGGAACUGUUUUCCACCCCCCCAUAUAGUGAAUGUUUAUCCAAUUUUCCAAAAAUGUCUUUGUAUUUAUCUGCAAAUUGUUUUAAGAUAUCCUUGCUCCCCCUUAGCGCCGCCAGUGAGUAGUCUGUGAUUGUGUACAUUCAUUUUUAAAUUUGACGUGUUUGUUUUUGUCUUGGUGAAUUUGCACAACAAAUGUGAUUUCUCUGUUGGGGGUGAUGUUACAAGAGCACAAUGAACGUUUCUAAUUGCAUUUUGGACAGUGAAUGUCUCUUAUGUGCCUUUUGACGGUCAACCUUUAGAUGACCCCAGAGAAUUUGUUUUGUAAACGUGCCUGUGUUUCAUUUUAUAAUGUUGUGACAAAAUUGUUUUGUAUUUAUUGUGCUGUUUUGGACUGAAUUGCAUCAAGCCAGUCAACAAACAUUGGCAAAAUUUUCAAAUAAACGUCAUCGAGCAACAA